GCUAAUGUGCGAAAAGCUAUUCCGCGCAUCGUUGACGUCCAAACUUAACGUGUGAGGCGGCUGCUGACUGUUGUCUGCUGUGGAUUCUGAUUCGAAUCGAAGACUAUAUCCGAAUUUGACGUGAAGUAGAAGGUUUAUUUUAGGAAAUGUUAAAAAGCACUGUAUUUAUGGUGGCUGAAAAGCCAAGUCUUGCAGCAAGCUUAGCAAAAAUUUUAAGUAACAAUAGUUGUCACUCAAGAAAAGGUUUCAAUGGAGCAUGUUCCAUCCAUGAGUGGAAUGGAUCGUUCAAAGGCCAGAGUGCAUUCUUUAAAAUGACAUCAGUUUGUGGACAUGUUAUGUCAUUAGAUUUCACUGGUCGUUAUAACAACUGGGAUAGUGUUGAUCCUGUUGAGUUGUUCACAUGUCCAACAGAAAAGAAGGAGGCAACCCCUAAAUUAAAAAUGCCUGCAUUUUUGUCUCAAGAAGCCAAAGGUUCAAAUUAUUUAGUUCUUUGGCUAGAUUGUGACAAAGAAGGAGAAAAUAUAUGCUUUGAAGUCAUAAAUGAAGUUGAACCUGUAAUGGCUAGAUCCCAUAGAAGGGAGCAAUUCAUACUUCGUGCAAAAUUUUCUGCAAUCACCGAAAAAGACAUCAAGGCUGCAAUGAAUUGUUUAGUUUCUCCAAAUGAAAAUGAAUCUAAGAGUGUUGAUGCUAGGCAAGAAAUAGAUUUGAGAAUUGGAUGUGCAUUUACAAGAUUUCAAACAAGGUUUUUUCAGGGCAAGUAUGGCAAUUUGGAUUCUACGCUCAUUUCUUAUGGUCCAUGUCAAACACCCACAUUAGGAUUCUGCGUUGAGAGGCAUGACACCAUCAAAACUUUUCAACCGGAGCCAUUCUGGCUCAUUCAGGUGUCUGUUCAAGCUACGGAGUUCCGUAAACUUGUUCUCGAAUGGGAACGAGUUCGCCUAUUUGAUCGCGAAGUUGCAUCGACCUUCCAUCAAAAGAUAAAAGACUGCAAACAAGCCAAAGUUACGGGCAUCUCUCAGAAAGAAAAGGUGAAGCAACGUCCACAGGCUCUUAACACGGUUGAAUUAAUGAGGGUUGCUAGCUCCGGUUUAGGUAUGAGUCCUCAUAGCGCGAUGAUCAUAGCAGAACGAUUGUACACUCAAGGCUAUAUCUCUUAUCCUCGAACGGAAACAACGCACUACCCGGAAAACUUCGACAUCAUUGGGGUUUUGAAACAAUUUCGGCAGAGCCCUGAUUUUGGUGCCGAUGUUCGAGAUGUUCUUUCUCAGGGAUCUAUCCAUCCUCGAAAAGGCCAAGAUGUUGGAGACCAUCCACCGAUCACGCCAAUGACUUUGGCGUCUAGAGAAGCGUUUGACCACGAUUCGUGGCGUCUCUACGAUUACAUAGUUCGCCAUUUUAUUGGAACGGUUUCCCCGGACUGUAAAUACUUGGUUACUCGAAUAGAUUUUGAUGUGGGCCACGAGUCAUUUUCUGUUAGUGGUAAAAAAUUGCUAGACGCUGGUUUUACCCGAACUAUGCAUUGGCAGGCGCUCAGCCCAGAUGAGCACAUGCCUGAUCUAAAACUUAACCAAAUGAUUCCUAUAAACGAAGUAAAAUUAAUCGAGCGCUUGACUUCCCCACCAGAUUAUUUAACGGAAUCUGAACUGAUUACCCUGAUGGAAAAACAUGGCAUUGGAACUGAUGCAUCGAUUCCAGUUCAUAUUAAUAACAUUUCCCAGAGAAACUAUGUUACUGUUGGUAGCGGGAGAAAGUUAAUUCCUACAGCCCUUGGAAUAUCGUUAGUCCAUGGGUACCGACGCAUUGAUCCGCAACUGGUUCUACCGACUAUGCGCUCAGCUGUGGAAGAACAAUUGAACUUGAUUGCAAAAGGAAGAGGAAAUUAUGAUGAAAUCCUUCAUCAUGCCUUAGAAAUUUUCCGCCUGAAAUUUAUAUACUUUGUUCAGCACAUCGAAAGUAUGGAUCAUCUUUUCGAGGAUACAUUUUCGACGUUAUCGCAGAGUGGCCGAAAUUUUAGUCGAUGUGGAGCAUGUAGAAGAUUUAUGAAACUUGUGGCUUCGAAACCAGCUCGGCUUCACUGUCCGAACUGCGAUGCCACAUAUUCUUUGCCAGCUGGUGGAAGUUUCAAAUUAUUCAACGAGCUGAAAUGUCCACUCGACGAUUUCGAAUUGUUGCUUUGGGUUGGGGGACCUAACGGUAAAGGAUAUCCGUUUUGCCCCUAUUGCUACGUUUACCCACCUUUUAGGGAAAUGAAGAAAGGCAGUGGGUGUAAUCAAUGCACGCAUCCAUCUUGUGCUUACGGACUAAAUGCUACUGGAGUUGCUUCGUGCGGCGAAUGUCCCAAUGGCAUUCUUGUUCUCGAUCCUACCUCUGGACCCAAGUGGCAAUUGGCGUGUAACCAAUGUCAAGUGGUAAUCAAAAUUUGCGAAGAUGCAAACAAGCUUAGCGUUGCCAAUUCCACAUGCCCCGAGUGUGAUGCCCGACAAAUGAUUGUUGAAUACCGGCCGGAAAAAACUAAGUUAGCCAAUGGACUGACAAAAAUAAAGGACGCUUGUAUUUUUUGCUCACCCGAACUGUCUGACCUAGUCGAGAAGCGUUACGCGUCUCAUGCUAAAAGCAAAAGGGGGGGUCGUGGUAGAGGACGAGGCCGUGGACGUGGCCGUGGUCGGGCGAAACCUAAGGAUAAGAUGGCGCAGCUUGCUGCGUAUUUUGUAUAGACACCAUACUUGGUACGAAAGAGCUGAAUAAAACGAAAGGAAUAUCUCCCGAAA